ACAGUACAGUACGUAAAGGCCGUAAGCUUGUGUACGGCCGUACUAGAGUGUAUUCUUGCCGCUUUCGACUUUAUGCAUGCAAUUGCAUUGCCAUCGGAUUGAUUGAAAUACAGAAAACUGUUGAGGUUGAUCUGUGACAGGUUGAGCUGAGGGAAAUGAACUUUUGGAUCAAAUGGACGGCGACAAAGUUUGGUAAGACAUUGAGUAAGGCCGCUUCACAGUCUUCAUGAGAGAUCUCAUCCAACAUUACCCAGGUACUGAUGUCAUGCAAUGAUUUGCAGAGCGUUUCUUCCUGAUAAUCAUGUCCUGCUUCCCCCCUGACCCAAGAAACUGACUGAACUUCACUGAAGUCACAAUGUAAAACUGAUUGCUGCAUUACCUGUGUGGAUGUGAGGGCUUUGCUGCCAACAUGGAUGACUCAGAAUCUUCUGGAGGUAUGCAGCAGGUGCCUGAACUUCGUCUUGGAAGUCAAGCACCUCUUUCAGUGAACACGGAUGUUGAGCAAAAAGAAUUGAGAAAUGAUAGCACCGUUUCGCAAAGCGAAUCUGUUUCUGCUCUCAGGGCAACUUUGCAGACGGAAUCAGAAACAGAACCUGUCGCAAAUGAACCCAUAAAACCUGAUGUGAUACUGACAGAUCAACAAACAGGAUCUACUACAGGACCCACUGCAGAUGAGCAAAUGGAAUCUGAAGAAUCAAUCAUGGAUGAACAGAAUGAGUCUAAUCAACCACUCAUUGCUGAUGGGAAAGCAGACUCUGAUGCAGCUCACAUUGCAGCUCACAUUGCAGAUGACCAGAUGGCCCAUGAUAAAGCACAAGUUGCAGAUGAAGAGAUGGAAAUGAAUGAACCAUUCGUUGCAGAUAAACAAUCAGAGUCAGAUACAGCAUGCAUCGUCGAUAACCAAACAGAAUCAGAAUUACCAUACAUUGUAAAUGACCAGAACAAGUCUGAUUCAAUUCUCAUCAGAGAUGAGCACAUAGGAUCUGAUAAACUACUCAUUGUAAAUGAGGAUACAGAACCUGAUGCAGAUGACGAGAUGGCCUAUGAUAAGGUGCCCAUUGCUGAUGAACAGGCCAAAUCUGAUACACCACUUAUUACAGAUGACCACAUAGAAUAUUUGAAAUCACUACCUGCAGAUAAUAAGACAGAAUCUUGUAGUACAUUGCCUGUUGUAGAAGAGCAGAUGGAAACUGAUGAACAAGUUAUUGCAGAUGAGCAGAUGAAAUCAAGCUGUGCACUCUUUGUAGAUGAGCCAACAAAACAUGCAAUCGCAACUAAUAUAGAUGAUCAGCUUAUAUCUGAUAUAUCCACAAUUGCAGUUGAGGAACAAGAAUCUGUUAUUGCACCUAUUGCCAAUGAGCAGAUGGAAACAUACGAACCAGCUGUUGAGACAGAAUCUAAUGAUUCUUCCAUUGUAAAUGAACCAACAGAUUCUUAUACAACACCCCUUGGAGAUGAGCGUAGAGAAUAUGACACAGCACAUGUUUCAGAUUCAUCUCUUAAUGAGAGCAAGCAGACAAAAUCAGAUACAGAUGAGCAAAUAGGAGCUGAUGUGACCCAGAGUUUAGUUGAAUCUACAGAAUCAUACCAAACUCAUAAUACAAAUGAGAAAAUGGGAUCUGACAACGCUCCAAUUGCCACGAUUACCCUUGAGCAAACAGAAUCAGAUAAAAUUCCAAUUGCAGAUGAGAAAACAGCAUCUAAUGCAGAUAGGACAGACUUGAAUAUAGCACCUGUUUCCAAUGAUAUGGAAUCUUGUACAACUCCAGAUGCAAUUGGCAAAACAGAAUCACUUACAGCACCUGAUGUAGAUGAGCUAUGUGAACGCAGUGCACCACCACCAAUAGCCGAUGAGCAUUCAAUAUCUGAAAGUGAACUCUGUAUAGAUGAGCCAGCACAAUCGGUUACAGCACUCAUUAUAGAUACGCCAAUGCAAUCAAAUACAACCCCCAUUGCAGAUGAAGAAACAGAAUCUAAUGCUGAUACUAGGACAGACUUGAAUAUACAUGUAGCACCUGUUUCCGAUGAGAUGGAAUCUUGUACAACUCCAGAUGCCAUUGACAAAACAGAAUCUCUUACAGCACCUGAUGUAGAUGAGCUAUGUGAACGCAGUGUAUCACCUGUAGCCGAUGAGCAUUCAAUAUCUGGAAGUGAACUAUUUGUAGAUGAGCCAGCACAAUCGGUUACAGCACUCAUUAAAGAUAAGCCAAUGCAACCAAAUACAACCCCCGCUGCAGAUGAAGAAACAGAAUCUCUUACAGCACCUGAUGUAGAUGAGCUAUGUGAACGCAGUGCAUCACCCAUUGCCGAUGAGCAUUCAAUAUCUGGAAGUGAACUCUUUGUAGAUGAUCAAGCACAAUCGGUUGCAGCACUCAUUAAAGAUACGCCAAUGCAAUCAAAUACAACCCCCAUUGCAGAUGAAGAAACAGAAUCUAUUACAGCACCCAUUUCAAAUGAGCAAAUGGAAACAGAAAGUGCCCCUGGUUCAGAUGAGCAGACACAAUAUAAUGCAUCACUCAUACCAGAUACACAGAACGGAUCUGAUGCAGCUAUGGUAGAUUCUCAGACAGAAUCUGAUGCAGCAGUGAUAGAUUCACAGACAGAAUCUGAUGCACCACUCAUUAUAGAUGAGUGGAUAGAGUCCGGCACUGAUUCUAAGGCAGCUGAACAGAGAGAAACUGAAACAGCACUUGAUGAUUCAUAUGCUUUAGAUGAACUAUCAGACAGCAGCUCUGGAGCAGCAAGUUCUGAAGAAGAAAUGGAAGGAAUUGUAGGAGCUACAAUGGUGAGUGACACGUCUGCAGAGGACAAAAUGACAGAUGAUGAUAGCCAUCAAAGUUCAGUAACUCGCAAGGAAGGUAUUGUGCUAGAAAGUACACCAGUUGAAGAUGGUGGAGAUUAUUCAGCAAUAGUAGUUCAAGAGCAACGCUCAAUAAGACAAUUGGCAGCUUCCCAGAUAGUUGACUCUUACUUAGAUGAGCCUACAGAAGAGGAAUGCAAUGCAGAGAAUGCGAAUACCAAUAUUGAUAACACGAACAAGAAUUAUGAUCCAGUCCUUCGCAUGGAUUUAAAAGGAGGCACUGCAAUUAUAGAUCAUAUUUCAAAUUGUAUGAGAUUCAGUUCUGGAGCUGUAAAUUGGGUAGAAAGUCCUUCCAAGAAACCCAAGAGACCAUCACCUGAAGGUCGAAGAAGUACCACGAAUAAAAGGCCCCGAUAUGAUGAAGAAUCUGGCAAGUCCUCAGGAGCUCAGAGUAGUUUGAGUGGAGGAAAAGAUGUAGUUCAAAACACUUGUGACCGAGUACCAUCUACCACACAGGGUCAAGGUAGACUUCAUAUACAAAGAUUCACCAGUGUUGAGAAAGUUGAUGGUCAUUCUAAGCUUAUCAAGAUAGUGACUGAUCCUGAACAUGACUAUUCCUCUGUAUCACUUGCAUCAACCACAUCAGCCAAGGCACCUACCAGUGCAAGCAGUGUUCCAUGUGCAUCAACACGAUUGUUUCUUCCACCUACCAGUAGAAGCUCUGUUCCAAAUGCCUCGACACGAUUGGUUCCUCCAUCAACUAAUGUCAGCACUGUUCCAAUCAAUUCAGUACGACCAAUGCCCAAACUGACCACCAUAAACACUACACCAAUUGCAUCAACACAGUUUUUUCUGAACCGUCAAAAUGCUGUUUCAAGGGCACCAGUGCAGUCAUUUCCUGUGCAGACGAGUGUAAGCACUGUGCCAGUUGCAUCAAUGCCCCCACUAACCAGUUUAAGUACUGUACCAACUGAAUCAACAAGAUUUGGGUCUUUAAAUCCAGCAGUAAGAUUGAUUCUUCCUCCAACCCAAGAAAAUGCUGUUCCAAUGGCACCAAUGCAGUCAAUUCCUCUACAGACAAGCACAAGCACUGUUCCAGCUGCACCAACUGGAUGUUCUUCUGCACCACAGCCAUUUACAUACAGUUAUAUGAAUAUGCCACCAGCCCAACCACCCGUGAGGUUUCAGGCAGCACCAAUCAUUGUAAAUCAAAAGCAGCCAGUAGCAAAUCCACAUUGUCCAGGAAUUCUUCACCUUCAGUAUAAUCAAUUACCCCCUUCUCAAAGAGAUCAGGUUUUAAGACCAUCCUUCACUUUAUUGCAGAAUUGCCAAGCCAAGGAAGGAAAACAAUGCAUUCAACAAACAUCUGCUACAAAACCCAAUCCUCCUGCAACUAUCUCGAAUCCACGGCCAUCUGUUCAAAGUGCAUUUUUGCAAUAUCAACAAACAGCUCAUUCAACAAUCCUUUGUCCAUCCAAGAAUAAACCAAAUGACCCACAUCCUGCCACCAGCUCCUGCCAAUUUAGAGAAUGCUCACCUAGUAAUGAUAAGAAGGCAACAACUACAGUGAAUUCAGGACGGGCUCCCCAGCACCACAAGACGUCGGUGAAUCCAUCAGGUUCAUCUCCUUCUGCAUCCUCUCUGGACACAACUCCGAAAAACCAACAGCAUUCCAUGAGAGUUGAAUUUACAUCAGUCAAAAUAGCAGUGCCAACUACCAUGCCAGCAUGGGUGCUUGUGAAUCCACACCUCUUAACCACAAGUUCAUCUUCACUUAAUCCAGUAGUUAAUUCACCUCAAUCUCUCCAUCCACACGUUGCAUCACAGGUUUUUAGAGAAGUUAGUACUGUUGCCAAUGCUGAAGUCCAUAAUUAUGUGACUCAGUUGGAUUCUUGUGAGUCCUCUGUUCCAAGAGAAGUUAGUAUUGCUGCCACUCCUCAAGUACAUAACCAUGUGACUCAGUUGGGUUCUAGUGAGUCCCCUGUUCCAAGAGAAGUUCAUACUGCUGUAGUCCAUAAUCAUGUGACUCAGUUGGAUUCGUGUGAGUCCCCUGUUCCAAGAGAAGUUCGUACUGCUGUAGUCCAUAAUCGUGUGACUCAGUUGGAUUUGUGUGAGUCCCCUGUUCCAAGAGAAGUUAAUACUGCUGCCACUUCUGAAGUACAUAACCAUGUGACUCAGUUUGAUUCGUGUGAGUCCCCUGUGAUUCUUGAACGAGCCAACAUCAACAAAGAGGGUAUGAAACGGCCAUGUGAGGAUGUUACAGGAGACCAAAGCAAGAGGUCACGGAUAAUGAAUGAGGGGGAAAUGCUUGUGGAAAGACUGCAAAAAGUAUCUGCACAUAGACUCUAUGUGGUCUUGGAAGUACUUAAGUUUGUAACUUCUAAUCGCUUUGGUCCAUUGUACAAUCCAGCUGUACGUGAUCUGACACCCGAGGAGCUGCAUGCGUUUAGCGUGCUGUUUGCAGCAGUGUAUGGUUAUCGGAUUUGCAUUGAAGCUCAGAUCAAGAGAAUCCUCACUGAUGUAGCUGCUUUGACCAUCCACAAUAUCGGUGCUGAUGAGCCUAGGAGAGUACAAGAAGCAGUCAACUCCUUUAGUGAUGUUGGAUUGGCAAAGAGUGAGAAAUUAAAUAGGUUAUCUCAGGUCCUCUUCUCUGACUACGAACGUGCUUUCUGCAGUGCCACUGGUAAAGAGGGCUAUGCACCAUUCUGUAAGUCUAGGCUGUUCGUCCUACAGCAUGCCUACGCUAUUACAAUUGGAGAAAAUGUAUCAACUCCAAUGAGUGAAGGAGAGAGGAUAAGGGUCAUGAAACAUGUACUUGACUCUACAGCCAACCUUCUGAGGAUACAGAUGACCAAAGAAGGGAGUUACACAGACCCUCAACUAGUCAAAAUUUGGAUGAGUAAAGAGCAGGAAAGAGUCAGGACCAUUCUCUGCAAGAAGCAGAAGGAACUUGCUGAGCAAAGAAAACUUGCGGAAGAAGCUUCAGUCAGCUGGAACUACUUGAUGGAGAGUCAGUUGGGUUGCUACGUGAUGACUGCUUCAGAGUACGGAAUGUUGGAAGACAUACGCAACCCAGGAAACCAAGCGUUGUCUAAGAAGCAACAAGUGGAACAACUUCUUGAGACAAUCCUUUCUCCUGAUGAACUCCUGCUCAUUGCCAAAAAGACAGAAAUGCCAGAACUUUCAGGAGUUGGUGUUAAGUUAGCGUUCUUAAGACAAGCAUUCUUUGCCAUUUGCUACGGUGAAUCUUGCACAUUGACCGCUCCAAUUGCCAAAGUGGAAAGCGUGAAGGAGUGGCUCAUGGCUCGCGUACUCAUGAAGAAGAUUCUUGAAAGAAUCGAAGCAGAAUCUGCAACUCUCAGAUGUCUAAUGCUACCAACUGAGGUGAGGAUCAAAUCCCAUAGAAAGUUGAAGAGUGAGUUGAAGGAGAAUAUGAAGCAAGGGUACCCAAGUACAAGCAGGGCAUGCAAACAGGACAGCAUAAGAUCAGCACAAGGUAUUGAGAAAAGCCCCGGUUUUGAAACAAUGCUCCCAGAAAAUCUGGGUGCAUAUGUUAUGAGUAAAGUGAUUGCAGUCCAUCUCGAUGUUGUGAAAGAAAUCGCUGAUAGAGGCAAGAGAGAAUCCAUCCUGCAGCAUAUACUCACCAAAAUCAUCACAGAAGAAGGCAAUGUUCAAAACCAGUCAGCUGACUCUAGAAGUGUAGCAAUGUAUCUUGCUGUUCUAAGACAGUGCAUUUUCAUUGUAUUUUCACAUGACACUCAUGAAGUGCAGUGUGGAAUUUGGAAAAGAUGUACAAAUCAUAUGGCAUCUCUGUUGGGCAGCUCCUCAGAAGUAUCAUCAAGCGGCAUUGUGAACAAUGUCAGAAUCAAAGAGGAAAAUGUCAGGGACAAUGCAUACUCAUUCCUGGGAUGUCCGUGCCGUAAGGAGGAACUUGGUGCAAUGGUGCUCAAUGCAGAUGAAGUUGCAGAAAUUAACCACAUUAGAGACAACAUCCAAGGGAGCUCUGAUUCUCAGGCCAGAGAAGUGGCUGUGAAUCAGCUUGUCAUGAAUCUCAUCAAUCAGGAGGACAUUUCAUCUGUUCCUGUGUGCCUUGCCCUCAGAAAGCUACCUUUCAAGAUUCUCAAGCUGACAAAAAUCAGAUCGUCCUACUUCAGCUUAUUUCCACUUUGCAACCCGGAAGCAGAAGAAAGCGAGUGGGCUCACUGUUGGUCAUCCUUAGCAAGAAGUGUUCAAAGUAUGAUGCUAAACAACAGAAGGUUCGUUUCACUGAUAUCUGUUCCUCGGACAUUUGUCAGUAAGAUGGACACAAGAGAUCAGAAUAAAACGGAUGAUUCUGAUGACGAUAGCUCACAGAGUGGAGGAAUGUCCAACUCGUCCUACUCUUCAUCUUCAGAAGAAAAAGAAAAAGGUGAUGAGGGAGAUGAGGAUAUUCCUCUUUUCAUUCAUACUGGUGCAGUGAUGUCUGAGGGUCAAAAGAUGUCUGAGAGUCCAAAGAGCUGGAAUUUGCAGAAGAGACGGGCUUGGCAGAAGACACGCACUGAUCGAUUGCCAACUACUUCAAGAGUAGCAGAAACCGAGAGCGGGGAAGAGGUGCCACUACCUCUAGGUACCCCUAUGUCACUUGGCAAAAUAGGAUCCCAUGUCAUGACAUCAAAGGAAGAGAAUUGGAAAAAGAAAUUGAAACAUACUUGCCAUAUACAACAGCUUACCAGGGAACAAGUAGUACAGCUAGUUGUGAAGGAACUGUACUCAAAAGAUGAUAUCAUCAACAUCCAUCAUCGGAAAAGAGCCAAGCAGACUGUUUUCUGCCCAUUGAAAAUGGCGAUUUUGCGACAGGUGUAUUUUGAGCUUUAUGAUAAUUGUACCGUGGAUCCUUUCCAGUUGUGGUGCCAAUGCUGGGCCCACCUUGCACGUGUUGUUGAUAAGAUCAGGCAAAUGGUUAGGAACACUUUACUUGGUAAAGUUGUUCUGACUGAAAAAUACAAAAGGCUAAAGAAACUUCAAAUCCGCAAGGAAAAGCUGCAACAGGAAUAUAGGAAAAGGCAUAUUAAGAGAACACGUGAUUCACAACGGCAGGUUGGACGGCCAAAAAAAGGGAGAGCUAACACAGAUCAUCUACAUGCUUCUCAGUUGAAUAUGAACGUCACUUGUGCAAGCAAUGCCAACUCCAUCAUUGAAGACGAUGUGCAGGAAUAUAGGAAAAGGCAUAUUAAGAAAACGGGUGGUUCACAACGGCAGGUUGGACGGCCAAAAAAAGGGAGAGCUAACACAGAUCAUCUACAUGCUUCUCAGUUGAAUAUGAACGUCACUCGUGCAAGCAAUGCCAACUCCAUCAUUGAAGACGAUGUGCCAUUCUUCACUAAAUCUGGAACUUCUGUUCCAGUUGUAAUAAAUGCAAGUGACAAAGUAUCUAGUGGACCUGUGAGCUGUGGAGACGAACGUGGACAACCAUAUACUUUGAUAACAGAAGAGGGAGAGACAGUGGCACUGGUUUAUGGAAGACCAGUGACCGAGUCAAAUCUUGGAGCAACUGUAAUGACACAGGAAGAAGGUAAUUGGACACAAACUCUGAAAGAAGCCUGCAGAGAGAGAAAUAUUGCUAAGGGUGAAGCAGUAGAGUUCAUAACACAGAACGUAUACACUGUACCCGAGAUCAGAAGAUUCCAUGAAAGGAGGAGACGGAAGCAGAGGGUGUUUGACAGGAUGAAAAUCGCCAUCAUUCGAAAAGUGUACUUUUCAAUCUUCCCCCCAGAAAGUGACGAAGCAGCUGAUAUAUUAUGGUGGAACUUCUGGGCUUACUUCACCAUAGCAUGUCAAAAUCUGGAAAAGAAUGGUAGAACGCUGCCACAUGCAAUAUCUGAGCUUCGUCCCAGCCAUAGAGUGAAAGCCACCCAGCAAAGGCCUCUCCUGCUGGAUAGGGCAAAACCUAAGAAACAGAAGCAUGCCAAUAAGAUUAGAAGUGGUGAUGUCAUUGGCCAAGCUAGUGAAUUACAGAGAAAGGGUAUCACAGAGAAGGGUGCAUUGUCUCGACCGAAUGCUAGUGGAAGUGGCACACAUCAUGAAUCACAGUUAACUUUACGUCCUCAGUUUAUGAGCUUGCUCCAGUGUUAUUCAUGGAAUCCAGACAUUCUUGUAAGAUUUCUUGCUGCAUACAUCUUCACCGAGGAUGAACUUCUUGGAUGUGCAAAGAACUUGAGAUCAUUAGAUUCAUUCAAGAUGAAAGUGUUUGAAACUGGAUACUCCCAGUUCUAUGAUCCUGCUGACUCUGCUGCAUCCUGCUGUUUAAUCAAUCACAUCCAAGAUCUGAAUGAAGCAACGGCCUCUGAUUAUUGGGGCAGACAGACACCACAGAAGAUACAAGUAAUGGUAGAGAAGUGUGCCAAACAAUGUGAGUACACAUUUAGUGCUGAAGAAACCAAUCAGGAACUGUGUCGGACAGAACCUGCCAGUACAAGUAUUGAGAAAUCAACAUUUUCAGCAGCAGAAAGGUCCAAGAUGUGCAGGGAAAUUCUUGAUGACGAACUUAAGAAUCUCCCACAGUACAAAUUUGAGAGAUGUGUCUACGUAGCCUGUAAGUUGAUGGAGAAAAUGUUUUCUCGGGAAGAACUGUUGACGGGUAAUACUGCUGGAACUCGAGGACUGUGUACCCUUGAUCCAAAGAGGCUUGCUGUUCUUAAAUGUACUACCUUUGCAAUUGCAGGUAUUGCCCCAUCAGCACAUCAGAGAACAUGGGAUAGAAUUCAUAAUGAUAUUGACCAAGCACUCAAGUACAAAGGUUCACACUUUGUGACAGAAGACAGAAAAGUUGAGAAGGAGCUUGAAUGUGCAACUGUUCUUAUCAGCUCAAAGUCCAGAAUUCAAGCACAGAAACAAGAUUCUGAAACUGGAUUUCAGAUGAUUUCGUGUACGACUCUUAUCAAAGGUGGGCUCCGCAGAGAUCUGUUGCUUUGUGCCGAGGACCAUUCAGAAGUUCUUAAGAAGUUGUUGAACCAUUUCAUACGCAAAGAUGAAGAUUAUGACCAAUUCCUGUACCGAGCUCCUAGUAAGAUGAAAUUGAUUAGAGCAGUAUACUGGAGCAUAUGCUCAAUAUCGAUAGACAAGCUAGGGGAGAGCUGGAUAGAGGCAAUGAAGACCAUCUCUUACCUUGUAGAAAGUGGGAAACUGUAUGAGAAGCCUAUAAGAAGUAAUGAUGAACUGGAAGAAAGUGAGAGCACCAAGUCUGGAGAUGAGUCUACACAGCUGCAAGACAAGACUAAUCCAUCAAAAUACAUGUAUGCUCAGCAAGAAGCUGAGAGCAAGCUGAGACAGCUAAGAUCGAUAGGAGAUGUAAAAGAAACAUCCAUUCGCUUAAUGAAAUGCUACAAGUGGAGCAAGGAAGUUGUUGUGAGAUUGUUGAUUCAACGAAUCUUGACUGAAACCGAGAUUGACAAUGUAGCAAAGAAUAUGGAACUGCAUGAGAAGAAAAGGAUAGAAAUUGAAGCUGUCUUCUCCCAGGUGUAUGGUGAAGAAGAAAAGGACCAAUGCUGGACACUAAUCAAGCAAAUCAUUGAAGAUGUGUGUAAGGAAAACAGAAGCUCACUUUGCAAUGUAUGGACUAGGAAAUCAAAGAAGACAGCUGUUGAAGAAGCUGCUCAUGCAACUUUGUAUAAGAAUACCGAGUCCAAGACAGAAUCUCAAAGAUCAGCAGAUCUUGAUUGUGACGCAUUCAUUCAAGAAGAAUUUCCAUGGCUUCCAUCUGGUGAGGUUGGCAAGUGCUUGUUCAUCUCAGAUCACAUGAGAAAGAGCUUCUUUAGCACCGAAGAACUUGCCUUUGGUAGUUGUUCUGGCACUCCUGGAUGGCUGCAGCUUGAUCCAAUAAGGAUGGAUGUUCUGAAGCAUGUUGUCUUUACAGUUGCAUCAGUCCCUGAACACAAAGAGGAGAAGCUGUGGCAAAUGUGCAGCAACACGAUUGACAAGAAGAACAGGAAGUUGAGGCAGCAAAUUCUACAUGAAGACGAGAAAGUAGAAACAUUGAUCCAUACCAGUCCUAGUGCCCUAGAGGAACAGAUAACAGACGAUGCCAGAGGUCAUGUCACGGAGAGUAAGGACAAUGCAGUCACUGUGAUUCGAAGCUUGGUUCAGCAGCUUUUCAACCCAGAAGAUCUUAUGGGAGAUGCGGAUGAAAUGACACCUUCUCAAAUGAAACUACUUCAAGCGCUUUUCUUCAAAAUCCAUGAAGUAGUGCCUACUGAAAAAGAGAACGCUUGGAUCCAAGCAAUGAGAACAAUCAACUACCUGAACAAGAUAUCAGGUUACACUUUCAAAAGUGGAGAUGAUGGAGAUAGUUCCGGCUCAUUUAUCAGUGACAAAGAGGACGACUGGACAGGAGGAAUGGAUGAUUAUCCAGAAGGCGGAGAAUCAUCAGACGAGGACAUGGCUCCUGAACCUACGGAAAGAGUCUUCCCCAAGAAGGAGAAAGCACCUUCUGAACCAAUCAGUGGAAAAAAUACAUCAUGUGAGACAACAUCCAAGUCAGCAGGCCAAACUACACACGUAAUAGACUCAACGACAUCAAGAAUCUCUGAAAAUGAUGUCGGACAAUGCAGUGGGACAAGUAGCAGGGAAGACAAAAUGAAACAAGUUGAUGACAUCACAGUAGACUCCCUGGAUUGGUACAUCCUAAGACCAGGUCUGGUACAACUGUACAAGCAUUUGACAGCAUACAAGCUUGAAGAAGAUGAAAUAGUAGAUGAACUGAUAAUGCACAUUUUUGGAGCAAAACUGCUUGAUGGCCAGAGUGCAGCAUUGUCACUUGAUGAAAGCAUUGAGAUGUUGAAGAGUGCAUUCUUCCUCCUAUACAAUGUACCAGGAAAUGAACAAGCAGCUGCUAAUGAUCUGCUAGAGGAACGACUAAUGCAUACUCUAAUGAUCUUGGGACAACAGUUAACCCAGGUUAUGGACGAAAGCUUGGUUGAGAAUGAGACAACAGUGAAGGUUCUCAACAAACCCAAACCAUACCCACCAAUGUCUGACUUGGAAGGAAAGGUGAAGAAAAUGAGAUCUCUCCUGAUGGAGGCAUUCAGAGCUGAUGAAAGAGUCGAAAUGGACAGUGCAAAGUUGAAGAAAUUAAGAGGAAGCAAAGUAGAUGCAGUGAUAGAUGCUUUUCAGAAAUCCUUCCCUUCCCAAGAAAGCAUGGAGAGGAAACUUGUGAUGACUUUGAUCUACAACUUGACGGUGGAACUACAAGAACUUGUCACAGAGAAACUGAGAUACAAAGUGGACAGUUUAACUAAUGCAUAUGUUCAAAGGGCUGUGUCUGCAUUGGAGGCAAAGGCAAAGGAGCAAGCAACCUCGACCUCAUCCGCCACACCUUUUUUUCAAGCUGUGAUACAGGAGCUGGUAUGCGUCCAAAGAGCAGUUGGUGUAGUUCCAAUGGUCAGAGUUCUCCUAAGAUAUCUCUUCACACCUGAAGAGCUUGUCGCGCUUCAGCAAUCAGAUAUGACCCAACUUCCUCCAUCAUUGCAAGCUCAAAUGAAUCUAAUGCAGAGAACCUUCUUCAAAGUAAUAAAGACUCCUUCAAGUGAGAGAGAAAAUGCGUGGUCAUGCAUCCAGUGGAUAAUUGCCAAAGAAGUCCAGGAUUGCAAGUCAUCAGAUGAAGAGAGCAACAAGAAGAAGGUUAAGAGUGAGACGUUCGUACCUGUGUACCAUCGCUGUGCUGUAAUGAAAUGUGUAAUGGGAAUCAUUCUUCCUUUGGAGGAACAAUCCCAAUUCCAUGCAGAUCCACAAGGAUUUGAGACGAGCCAUCCAGACAAAAUCAAGGAGAUGAAAAACUUGUACUUCCUGAUCAGAAACAUACAGGAACAUGCAAAAGAAGAAGAAUGGGAGCUUGUGUGUACUCCAAAGAAGAAUUACGAGGUAGCACAGCAGUUGUCAUUUCCGAAUAAAAGCAACAGAGAACACAAAGUAACAGGCCUUGGGACUUCCAAGAACACUGUCACAUCUACGACUCUUGAAGACAAAAGUAAUAUCAAAAUAUCAGCUGGUGUUGGAGGGAAAAAACAAGUCCAGGAGCCUAAGAGUGUGAAAAUGCAAACACAGAAGCCUCAGAAAAUGGCAGAUGUAAUGCAUAUGGAUGGUGAAAAACCAAUAGGUAUUAGACAGUCUAAAGUUAAAACAAGAAGUAAAUCAAAAGGAGUAUCAGAGAAUUACAUCAGUCUUCUAGGUGGUAAGAAGGACAAGUCAGUGCAGCCGACAACUGACCAACGGACAGAUUCGACAAAUCCACCUCCCACAAGUCCUAAAGCCACAGUCAAAGCACUCCAGCAUAAGAAGACCAUAGUUGUGCUUGUGGAUUAUAGCAUUUGUGACAGAGUCUGUAAAAUAAUGGCUGAUGAGGAAUCUAAGAAGAAUGAAAAUGUUAGAACUGUCAGUGACAAAGAGAGGAAAAGUGAGACAAGUCCCAGUAGUAGUUCCACUACUAACACAAGCCAAACACAAAUUGGAGAUGAUGAUACAAGGGCCAAGGUGGAAAGCAGUGUCAAAAACUCAAUAGAUAGUGAAAACUCUGACAGGGUCGCAUCUAAUUCUUCCCCUGAAAAGAAUCCCUUGGAGACUGCAGAAGCAACAUCUGUCAAGGAUGGUCAGGAUCAAGAUCUCUCAAUAACAGACUUCACAGUUCAUGAGUCAAACCUGAAUGGGACUGCAAUACAAAACAGUUUUGUUGAGGAAAACACAGGCACAAGGAGAAGCAAAGAUGUUGACCAGAUCGAAUUAGCAGUCGACCUCCUUAAGAGUGCUGUGGAAAACAUUCCAUCUAGAUCUGAUCUCCACGACGAUGCAUCUCAUCACUCAAGAGAGGACGGAGAGUUACCUUCAAAUGAGGAAGUAAAGAAAGAAGAAAGCUCAACACUUGUUGAUGGACAGGCCACAAGCAAUAAUCCUUUGUCUCCUCAAGCUGAUAGCCCAAAUGCAAGUUCAAACAAGGGUAUUAGUCUUGAAAGCAAUGCUGUCAUCAGCGAAGGUGAGAAAUCAAUGAAGACAAACGUUCUCUCUGCUGCCCCCAGUGUCCCUGAUGAUGAUGAUGACAUCUUGGGAAAAGGGAAUGAAGAUGAUGCAUCCUCUGAUUUAGAUGAUGACUUGCUUGGAGCUAAUUCAGACAGAGAACUCCAGAUUGAUGAAUGCUCAGGGACUCAAACUGCUUCUUCAAAUGACUCUCAGAUGAAUGAACAGUCAAUGUUGGACUCCGGGAAAGAUCCCAAAGUUGUAGCUGAUGUUACUGCACAUUUUCUAAGUCCUUCUGUGGACACUCCAGGUACAUGUGGUAUUGUCACCUCAGCAUGCAAAGAUUUUAGUUUUGUUAAUCUUUCAUCUGAUGACGUCAUCGAAGAGAACUGCAAUCAAUGUCCAACAGAUAUAAGCAAAGACUCCCCAAGUAACAUGGUGAAUGAACACUCUGGUAGAACUAAUGUUAGAAGUGAUGACUGUUUGUCUCCUAACACAUGCCUUGCACAGAAGGAUGAAGGAGGAGCAACCAUGGAAGUAAAAUCCCAAGUAGCAGAUGGUGAAACAGAGGAUGAACAGGAAACUGAAAUGAUGCCUGCUUUAGGAAGUAAUGGUCCUCAACCUCCCCCUAGCUCAAGUGCAGAUAUACUACUCUGGGCAUCUGAGGUCAAGAAUCAACCCAAAGAGAAAUCUAAUGUAGGAAAUGAUGAGACGAAGGGAGAUCCUGAACAUCAGAGCGAUUCUAACCCUGAAUCAAACGUAGAUAUACUCUCAUGGGCAACUCAAGUUAAGGUAUCAUCAGACUCUACAUCGUGAGAGUACCACGUGAACAUGUAACUUACAACAGCUUGUGCUAUCAGUCCUUAAUUUCUCACAACCGCAUAUAGGUAUAUACAUUCCCAUGAUGCAGUGAUCGUCCUAUACCUCAGCGAUUUUUAUAUUUAUUUUUGAGACACCCUAACUUCCAGUGAUCCUAACACACGUAGUCCACUAUUAUACGAUAUGCAAAUAAUUCAUUAUCUGAAAUUCUUAAUCUUGCUUGCUAAAUACAAAUUUUGAAAAAUACACAAGCAGUAAGUAAUUUUGUAAUUAAAGUAACAUACCAGCAUUGGCAAAUGCUAGCGCUUAAAGAAAUUCUCUUGGAGAAACCUGGCACGCUACAACACAAGUGGCUUCUUUUUCCAAUAAUGUUGGUAAUUAUUAAGAAUUUCCCGUAAUAGAUAGCAGGGUCACUUAUUUGAAGAUCAGAAGGUCUGCCUUUUCAAAUAUUGUUACAUCAUUAGAGAUUUAAGCAAAACUACAUUUUCUCAUUCUUAGUCAUAUUGACAGUGAGAUGUGAGUCCAAAACUUUGUGGCCCUUUCUAACCAGAAGUUCAUGCGACUAGAAAAUCCCAGCAAAUUUACUAGUAAAAUUAGAGUACCAUUUUAUACGUUGGAUUGUCGCCAGCCUUAUGCGGUAGGGAGAAUAGGCAGCUUUUGUAUGGACAUUGAAGUUGCAUGGUACAAAAACAAAAUGAACUUCAUUGUAAGCAAACGCACCACCCCCACCCCCAUCCCCUAAAUUCAUACAACAUUUUUAUUCACACAUCUUUUCCUUAGAAUUGUGUAUUAUGUUACUAAGGACUAAUGUAUUCUCUUUUUAUUGGAAUUCUUCUUGAUGUAAUUAUGACAUGGUACAUUGGAACUCUAAAAAAUAAUGAUAACAAAGUCGAUUUAACAAGCCAAUUUUGUUGCUCUAACUGCAGUAUAUUCCACUAUUUGUAGUCCAUGUACUAUAACAGUGUAAUUUUCCUGGUGCAAAGGGGUUUGCUUUUACAAGGUAUAUAAAUUUACUAAUCAUUAAUAUGAAAAGGUAAUAGCACAAUGUGUAUAUAUGUCUAUGUCUAUCUUUUUUUUUCUAGGAUAAUUGUUUACAUACAAAUUUUAGCUCAUUGUUCAUGAAUUUCAUUAAAUUAAGGAAUCAUAAUUUUAAUGUGAUGAUCUUGUGUUGGGUUAUUGGCAUACAAAGUACAAAAGGCAAACAUUGCUCAUUUUAAAUUGUAAUGUAUUGUUACACCAAAUCGCUUAGGUACUGUGGCAUCUUGUGUUGAUGUCAACUGUCAAGCAUAUUUAAUAUAGUCUUCCAAUGUGAAUAUAGUUCACAUCGUAAGUGUCACAUAUGACUGAAAUUGUACCAAAGAUGGAUGAAUUUAAGUUACAUGUUUUGCAAACAGUUACUAGAUUUCAUGCCACUUUAGUUUUUUCCAAGUAAAGUUUCUUACAGAUUUGACAAAAAACAGUGGUAGUCACUGUAUUAAUGAUUUUAAAAGUUUAAACAUCAGUAUUAUCACAUUGUAUUUAUGUAUUUUAUAAGUUCUUAAUUUCUGCCCUUAAAUUCACAUUUUGUAUUACUGUAUUAUUAUGAUAUGAAGGCCACUGUGCUGUAGUUUUAUUGAAAAUAGUUGAUUUUUAUAUGAGAUACAGGCUGCCUCUGAUUGAAUACUCUGAUUUGUAUAUAUAUUUUUUAAAAGUAACAGCUGUGAUUGUGGGAACUGAUAUUAUUUUUAGAUAUCAUCGCUGUUCUCACCUGAAAAAUAUGGUCUGAAGUAGCAUUGCCGAAGACGAUAUCGCGAACUAAUAGAGAAAUUACAUUUUGGAUCAUUAAGUGUUUAGAAUCAUCAACUCUGCAAGACAAUUUGUAGAUUAAUGAAUAUUCCUGGGUCUAGUAAAAUAUAUGUGCUGUAAUAGGAGAGACCUAAACAUCUUCUUUAACCACAUAACUGGACAUAAUGUGAACUCGAAUGUUUGAGCACUUAUUUGCGCUAUCUGCUAGUAAACAAAUUCUAUGUUUACAUGCUAAUUUACCAUCAUAUUGUACAUUGAUGAAGGGGUUUUAUUUUGAAAGUAAAAUCGUAUGGGUGACUAAGAAUCAUAAGCUGUAUUGUUAUUAAAUAAUCUUUAUCCUACAACAGUGGAUGGAUAAAAGAACAUUUCCAUUCCUUCAUGCAAGAAAAACUGAUACAUGUAUAUUACUAUAAGUACAUCUGAUAAUUUGUAUGCUAUCUGUUAUUAUUAAGAUGUAUUCUCAGCAAUUUAUCAAGUUACAGAGAGUGCUCCAGACUCCAGAGAUAAAGGAGAGGCUCGAUUGAAAUGCAUUUUAUUCUUUGACCCUUAUAAUUCUGGUAAGAUUUUGACAUUGUAUAGAAGCAUAUUGUGUUAUUAUUGUACGGUAUAACGUAAGUGUGUACACAUGUUGAGCUUUUCCAUCUGGAAUGGUCGUUUUCGAACGAUGUAUAUCAGGUUGUUACAAUCACUUGCCAAAAUGACUGUUUAAAGCUGUUUGAGGAGACUUUGUAUGAUACCAGUUCAGAUUUACGUACACUGCCAUCUGCUGCUCACAAUGAUCCAAUGUGUUGACAAUCGUGUCCCACAAUGCAUCAUCAACUCCAUGACACACACAUGAUGAUACUUGGGUACAGGACUCGGAAAUCGCUCUAUGUAGGUUUUCACCGGAAGAUGGCGCAAUUGAAAUACAUUGCAGCAGUGGUAGCAAUGUUUGUAGAAUAACCUGCUAAUUAAAAGCCAUACCGACUGCGAGGCAUUGGAAUGCAGCUUUGGACCCAUUCAGCAUUCUUAAUAUAUGUCUAACCCACAGGCUUGGUGCCUUUUUGAAUUUGUGUUUUAUAAUUUAAAAAAAAUUGUAAUCAGUAUUAAAUUAUUUCGUCGUAAUGACAGUCAGCAGAAUUUGUUUGAUUGUGUAUGCAGACAAAGUACUCUAUUCAUCAGAAAAUAUAAUUCUGAUAUGAUGCUCAAAUUGUAAUUAUAUGUGAUGUGUGUUUCUCUUAUCAUGAUUGAUAUUAUUAAAAAGUACAUCAUGGUGUAAUUGGGAGAAGCCUUUAGCAAAUUUAGCUUUACACUGCUGCGUUUAAAUCAUAUCUGAUGUUAAAGAUUGCAAAAACAAUUACCAUAAAAUGGAAUUAUGCUAUAAAUGUCCAUAAGGUUUACAACAAACAUAAUGUACUUCAAUGUAAACAGAUUCUUUUUUCCUCAAGUGCAGUGACCUUCGCAAUGUGUUGAAACCUGAUUUUAAAUAAAUGAUAAAUGUAAUGCAGUGAUUAUCCUGGCAGACAAAGUUAUGUAGCUUAUGACAUUUUCAAGAUGUGCAUGUAUUGGAUAGUGAUGUCUAGGUGUAGAAGUUUUGUGUACCAUGUACCACUUAUGCUUUAUAUGUUGUUAAAAAGAAGGAAAUAUAUAUAUAAAUAUAUAUAUUCACAGACUCUUAAUAUGACAUGCACAAAUUUGUUUUUUUUUAGCACAAGUGUUCACUACUUUUAUCUUUGUACAUUUAGUUUACAUGUAUGCCUAUUGGACUGAAGAGGGAGAAUUUUGUAUUAUAUUUUGUGUUAUCGAACAAGAGACUUCUGUUCAUUGCAUUAUUGCCACUUUCGACUGUAAAAUUACAGUACAUGUAUGAAGUUCAUGUCUAAUAUGAACAUGGUUGUUGUAAAUAUGUUUCAAAAAUGAUGUUCAUAGUUUAUUGCCUAAUUUACACUUUGUUUCUUGAGUUAUGUGUGAAACUUACAUGUUAUUAUGAGUGUAAAUAAUUAUGUUCUUUAUUGUCGUACGCGUAAAUUAGUGACAGACUUUUGUGUAAUGGUACUGCAUUGUUGUUGUUUUUAUGUUAAACUUGUGUAAAUGACUUGGGUUAUGUUUUGAAUGAUGAGAUCUGCCUUUCCUAUUCUGAUUAACAACAUAUAGGACUUCUAAUCUUUACAUACCGGUAACUGUAAAUACAAAUCAAUAUGAGAAAACUUUUGGCAGCUGUGAAACUUAAGAUAUGUUAUGUUAUGUAUGCCCUUAUUGCAACAAAAGGGAAAAUAAAUGUUAUGCAUGCCCUUAUUGCAACAAAAGGGAAAAUAAAAGUUUUCAACUAUUGAUAAUGUGUAAAUCACACAAUGAUCCAACAAGUUUAUAUAUGUAAAUAUAUAUUUUCAUGCAGUGUGUAUGGAAUUUUUCGUCAUAGGAUCAGCACAUUCAUCUCAAAAGUAUUAUGCAGUAAAAGCAUUUUGUAGUUGGAUUGCAUAACAUUCUGUAAUAUGUGGAAACAGAAAGGGCAGAUAUAAUUAUGUUUCUUAUUAUCACACAGUUGGACAUAGAGACCAUGCGACUGUGAUGAAUUUUAAUGACAGAUUAUUUGUAUAUGCUUUGUUCUAGUCUUGAAUUUGAGGCUUUUUGUUAUUUGAACUGUAUGGAGUUUGGGUGAUCGUGAUACCCAAUAUAUGUACAUAGUUCACCGAUCAUGCCAGAAAACUACUGAACAGACAAUGGUGAAUAUAUGUUAUUCAGAUGUUUUACCAGGAAUCUCAUGUAUAUAUAGUGUGUAACGUUAAUCACAGCUUGUAUAAAUAAUUGUUCCAGCUUAUUUUGGAUACUAAAAACAUUUCCAUGAAACUAA